UUUCAUUUCACCAGUUCACCUACCCAAUCAUUUCUCUUUAUAAGCUUUUCUUAAUUAUAAACUUCCUUCCUUCACACCCGCAUAACAAACAACACAAAAUUUGAUCUUUAACUUUUGCUUUCUCGAUUCAUCAAUCUCUCUUCUGAUUUCCGAUAUUCAUUAUGAUUGCUGCCGGAGCUAAAUCGAUGCUGGGUCUUUCAAUUGCAUCGCCCAAAGGAGUUUCCGACAGCAAUUCGAGAUCUGUCGGUGUUCUUCGUGCCUGCGUUUCCAUGGAAGGAUCCCAAACGAUGAGCCAUAACAAAAACGGAUCUAUUCCUGAGCUUAAAGCUGUUAACGGCCACACAGGACAAAAACAAGGACCGUUGUCUACGGUCGGAAACUCGACGAACAUAAAGUGGCAUGAGUGUCCUGUCGAGAAAGUUGAUAGACAGAGGUUGCUUGACCAGAAAGGAUGUGUGAUUUGGGUCACUGGUCUUAGUGGUUCAGGGAAGAGCACUUUGGCUUGUGCUUUGAACCAGAAGUUGUACCAAAAGGGAAAGCUUUGUUAUGUUCUUGACGGUGAUAACGUAAGGCAUGGUUUAAACCGUGAUCUCAGCUUUAAAGCGGAAGAUCGUGCCGAGAACAUUCGUAGAGUCGGAGAGGUUGCUAAGCUUUUCGCUGACGCUGGGAUCAUCUGCAUUGCCAGUUUAAUUUCUCCUUACAGAAUAGACAGGGACGCUUGUCGGACUUUGCUUCCUGAAGGAGACUUUGUUGAGGUGUACAUGGAUGUAUCGCUUGAGGUUUGUGAGGCUAGGGAUCCAAAGGGUCUCUACAAGCUGGCUCGUGCAGGAAAGAUCAAAGGUUUCACCGGGAUUGAUGAUCCUUAUGAGCCACCAUUGAAUUGCGAGAUUUCUCUAGGUCAAGAAGGAACAGGAACUUCACCGAUCGAAAUGGCGGAAACAGUCGUUGCAUACUUAGAACACAAGGGUUACCUUAAUGCAUAAAAAAUACUUUAGAUUAAGGGUUGCCUUUUCAACCGCACACAAUUGUUAUGCCAAUGGUUUUAGCUUCUGUUUAACAAGCCAAGAGUAGAAAAUCAAGCAAAAUUCAUGGCUGUUUUUAUGGAAUCACAAGUUUCAAAAAUAAAUAUAAAUCACUUGUCCGUUUUGUAUUUAAAAUAUUAAUGUGUUAUGGAUCAGUGUAUAUUAUGAGCCAAGAGCUAA